AUGGGUGCAGGAAAGUCGACUGCACGUACAGAUCAAGCCGAUGAAGUCGUGGACUACUACCAGCUGUUAGAGGUCGACGAGAAUGCUACGGCCGACGAAUUGAAGCGCUCUUUCAGAAGACUUGCUCUGGUUCACCAUCCAGACAAGAACCCUAAUGAUGUUGAAGGUGCUACGAAGCGAUUUGCAGCGAUGCAGCAGGCAUACGAGGUUCUCAGUGAUGAACAAGAACGCGCGUGGUACGAUUCACACAAGGCAUCAUUACAACCUGAGCCCGAUGCAGAAACGGUGUUUGAGGAUAUCCGCAAGGGUGCCCCACCACCUCGUGCACGAGACAGAGGCCUCACUGUAAGGCACCUUGCCCGUUUUUUUGAUGCAACCAUUUGGUCUGGAUUCGCCGAUGACGAAAAUGGAUUUUUCACGAUCUAUCGAAACCUGUUUGACCGGCUCAAAGCUGAGGAGGCCAUGAUAUCUGAUAUCGACCUGCCUUCCUUCGGGUAUUCUACUUGGACUUGGACACCCGUUCACAAGGGCGAAGACUCGCCCGCAGCACGGACAUUCUACAAUGUGUGGAUAAACUUUGUUACAAACAAAGAUUUCAGUUGGUGCGAUCAAUGGAAUCUCACUGAAGCGCCUGAUCGGCGGGUUCGAAGACUGAUGGAAAAGGAUAACAAGAAGGUUCGGGAUGAUGCGCGCAGAGACUACAAUGACACCGUUCGGUCUCUGGCCAAAUUCCUGCGCAAACGUGAUCCACGCUACAAGGCCCAUCUUGCUCACCAAUCGGAAGAAAAUCAGAGUCGCGUUGCAUCAGGAACUUCAACACCCCAUGCUGGUUCUUCCAAGAGACCUGCUCAACCUGCUUUAGAUUCUUAUGUGGAACAGGACUGGCAGAAGAUCGACACAAAAGGAGCACAUGAUGAUGAUCUGGAGUGGGCCAUCGGCGAGGGCGAAGAUCCUGAAGAGUGGGAAUGCGUCGUGUGUGGCAAAUCGUUUCGAAGCGAAGCAGCGUGGGACAGCCAUGAAAGAAGCAAGAAGCACCUCAAGGAGGUCGAGCGCUUACGCCGGGAGAUGCAGGAGGAAAAUGCUGAGCUCGGCCUCAAUGAUCCAGAACCAGAUUCUUCGGAAGAUGAAAUUCCGAAUCCCCCACGGUCGCAAAGUUUAACUCCUGACGUACCAAGUAUAGAAGAAGACCCUACCGCGGUUGCUAGUGCCUCUGAUGGUGAGGACCAGCAGGUCAAUAUCGGCAAACGAAAGAAACGGAAAAGCAAAGCAAAGAAGAUGCCGCCACCGGAACCGUUGACGAAAACCCAAAAAACGAGGCAGGAAAUUAUUGACCCUUCCAUUCCAGAGGCGCGAAGUCAACCUCGAGACCAGUCGCAGACCGUUUCUUCGGACGACACGCGACUAUCGAGCGUGGCAGUGGAAAUGACGAAAAGGGAAAAAAGACGCGCCAAGCAAUCGAAGAAAGCUGAAGCUGAGAAGAACGCCGAACUGCAGUUCAAAUGUAACAAUUGUUUGGACGUUUUCACAAGCAAAACCCAACUGUUUAACCAUAUCCGGGAAAUGGACCAUGCCCUUGCUGACGACACUCCGAGUCGGGGGAAAAAGGGGAAAGCAGGGAAGCGGUGA